AUGGGCGCGGGGGCGCUCGCCCUGGGCGCCUCCGAGCCCUGCAACCUGUCGUCGGCCGCGCCGUUCCCCGACGGCGCGGCCACGGCGGCGCGGCUGCUGGUGCCCGCGUCGCCGUCCGCCUCGCCGCUGACCCCGACCAGCGAGGGCCCCGCGCCGCUGUCGCAGCAGUGGACGGCGGGCAUAGGCCUGCUGAUGGCGCUCAUCGUGCUGCUCAUCGUGGCGGGCAACGUGCUGGUGAUCGUGGCCAUCGCCAAGACGCCGCGGCUGCAGACGCUCACCAACCUCUUCAUCAUGUCCCUGGCCAGCGCCGACCUCGUCAUGGGGCUGCUGGUGGUGCCGUUCGGGGCCACCAUCGUCAUGCGGGGCCGCUGGGAGUACGGCUCCUUCUUCUGCGAGCUCUGGACCUCGGUGGACGUGCUGUGCGUGACGGCCAGCAUCGAGACCCUGUGUGUCAUCGCCCUGGACCGCUACCUCGCCAUCACGUCGCCCUUCCGCUACCAGAGCCUGCUGACCCGCGCGCGGGCGCGGGCCCUCGUGUGCACCGUGUGGGCCAUCUCGGCCCUGGUGUCCUUCCUGCCCAUUCUCAUGCACUGGUGGCGGGCCGAGGGCGACGAGGCGCGACGCUGCUACAACGACCCCAAGUGCUGCGAUUUCGUCACCAACCGGGCCUACGCCAUCGCCUCGUCCGUCGUCUCCUUCUACGUGCCCCUGUGCAUCAUGGCCUUCGUGUACCUGCGGGUGUUCCGCGAGGCCCAGAAGCAGGUGAAGAAGAUCGACAGCUGCGAGCGCCGCUUCCUCAGCGGCCCGGCGCGGCCGCCCGCGCCCGCGCCGGGCUCCCCGCGCCCCGCCGCCGCCGCCACCAGCCCGCUGGCCAACGGGCGCGUCAGCAAGCGGCGGCCGUCGCGCCUCGUGGCCCUGCGCGAGCAGAAGGCGCUCAAGACGCUGGGCAUCAUCAUGGGCGUGUUCACGCUCUGCUGGCUGCCCUUCUUCCUGGCCAACGUGGUCAAGGCCUUCCACCGCGACCUGGUGCCCGACCGCCUCUUCGUCUUCUUCAACUGGCUGGGCUACGCCAACUCGGCCUUCAACCCCAUCAUCUACUGCCGCAGCCCCGACUUCCGCAAGGCCUUCCAGCGCCUGCUGUGCUGCGCGCGCCGCGCCGCCCGCGGGAGCCACGCGGCCGCCGGAGACCGGCCGCGCGCCUCGGGCUGCCUGCCGCGGGUCCGGCCGCCGCCGUCGCCCGGGGCCGCUUCGGACGACGACGACGACGACGACGUCGGGGCCGCGCCGCCCGCGCGCCUGCUGGAGCCCUGGGCCGGCUGCAACGGCGGGGCGGCGGCGGACAGCGACUCGAGCCUGGACGAGCCGGGCCGCCCCGCGGGCGCCUCAGAAUCCAAGGUGUAGCGCCCGGCGCCCGCUGGCUGCACCCCGCGCGCCCCGGGAGCAAGAACGCCCAGGCGCCCCU